UAGCUAGCUAUUGCCAUGUCCUCUAAAAAGUCUUAUCUAACUCUUCCCUCUCCUUGUCCCAUUCUUCUAAUCUUCCGUCUCUCUUCAUCUCCACCCAACCAUCGUCUUCAUCGUUAUCUGAAAACUUCAACAGUACUGACUAAGAUUCGAGAGCCAAGAAUGUUAAAAUCCAGACACCUUCCAGAUUGUUUAUAUUCUAAUCCGCCUAUCACAAUCCACCCAAGCGCUGCUACACCAAAUCACUCUCUCUAUCUCUCUAACCUCGACGAUCAGAAGUUCCUCAGAUUCUCCAUUAAGUAUUUUUAUCUGUUCCGCAAAUCUGUGAGCUCCGACGUGUUGAAGCUUUCUCUGUCCAGAGUUCUAGUGGAUUACUACCCACUAGCUGGGAGACUGAGGCCCAGCGAUGAACACCAAGGGAAGCUCCACGUGGACUGCAACGGAGAAGGUGCUCUUUUUGUUGAAGCUUUCAUGCCCAUCACUGCCGACGAAUUGCUCGAAUGUUCCGACAUGCCAAAUAAGUCCUGGAAGAAGCUCUUGUAUAAGGUGGAAGCUCAGAGUUUAUUGGACGUUCCUCCUCUUAUUGUCCAGGUGACGAGUCUCCGGUGCGGUGGAAUGGUGGUGUGUACCGCCAUCAACCACUGUAUAUGCGACGGCAUAGGCUCGUCUCAGUUUUUAAACGCAUGGGCCCACCUCACCACGUCGCCGAAUUGUGACCUGCCAAUAAUGCCCUGCCACUGUCGAAACCUCCUAAAGCCUCGAAAUCCUCCACAGGUGAAGUAUUCUCACUCGGUAUACACAAAGAGUAACUCGUCUCAGGUGGACCUGGUAAAGUUAUUGCAGUCGCAGCCCCUGGUGGCCACGUGCUUCACUUUCACCUCUUCUCAUCUCCUUCAUCUUAAGAAGCAGUGCGCUGUGAAGUGCACGACCUUCGAAGCCCUGGCUUCGCACACGUGGCGCUCCUGGGUUCGAUCACUGGACCGAUCCCCCGACCUGAUCAAGGUGAAGCUCCUUUUCUCUGUCAACGUUCGCAAAAAGCUGAACCCAGAAAUCCCUCAGGGGUAUUUUGGGAACGGAUUCGUGCUAGCGUGCGCCGAGAGCACAGUGGACGAGUUGCUUGAGGGCGGCCUUCACAAUGGCGUGAAACUGGUGCAGCAAGGGAAAGCGAGGGUGGACGAUGAGCAUGUGAGGUCAAUGAUAGAUUUGUUGGAGGACAAAACGGUAGAAACGGAUCUCUCGGCUAGCUUGGUAAUAUCACAGUGGUCGAAGCUAGGGUUAGAGGAGGUGGACUUUGGAGGAGGGAAGGCACUGCAAAUGGGGCCUUUGACCAGUGAUAUUUACUGUUUGUUUUUACCAGUGACGGGUGAUUCUGAUGCGGUGAGAGUGAUGAUAUCAGUGCCCGAGGCCAUGGUUGAAAAAUUCGAGUCGUACAUGAAAGAGUUCAUUUGGGAUAAAGGAGGAAACGGACAUGCUCGCAAUGGCUAUCAUCAACAACGAAAAGGUUUUAUCUGAAUGAAUGACAACACCACCUCUAUCCUUUUUCUUUUUGGAGCUUUAUUAAUUAAUAUUAAAUCAAGAGUGGAGAAUCUCUGUGUUCUCGAAUUUUAUGGGGUCACACCGAUCGAGUUUGUUAAUUAACUUGUGAUGUAUAAAGGAAAAGAGCAUUUAAUCUUAA